UAUUACAGUUACAAUUCUACAUUGGAACCUCUAACAUACACACACUAAAAAUAUUUAAAAAAAAAAAAUAAAUAAAAAUACGAAAAAUACAUUAAAAAAAAUUAUAAUCUUAAGAACACCAAAAAAAAAUAGGAAGAAAAUGGCUGCCUUACGACCAGACUUCACUUUACUUAAUUUUAAUACGUAUUCCGAAUAUCUUAAAUCAUUCCAAAGCAUCAAGGAUCAACGAUAUAUCGAUGAUGAGAAAACCAUAAAUGCUUUGGUAAAGCUUGGAUACAGCAAUGCUGGCAGAAUCUACGAGGAGGAUGAGUUUAAAAAAUGCAAAGAAAUGACACUCGAAGUGAUUAAUCCAAAAAUUAAGCUGUGUCUGACGAGUGGCCAUCUGGUAAAAGGAGAUGAUCCAGCUUUAUUGGCAUUGGCGGAACGUGAAAAACCCAACUUAUUGAAAAAACUUUCGACCAUUAUCUUCAUAGUUGUACGACUGCCAAGCGGGUUUGAUGUAUCCAGUUACAAGGAUUAUGAGCACAGUUUGCGGCAAUUCGAUAUGAGCACUCGUGGGUCAACAAAUUGGAAGGGAGUUUUUCAGGGAACCCAUAAAUUGCGUCCCAGGCCAAGCGACUUGAGCUUCUACGAUACGCAAAAAAAAUAUGUCACCUAUAAUGACAGUGAUAAUUAUCAUACGUUGUCAAUAGGACAUUCGUUAUUAUUCCUGCACAAGGGUGAUCACAAGAUGAUUGUGCCAGAGCAAAAACCAUCUCUCCAAACAACUGCCAAGCGAACAAUGUUUUUGUCUCCAGUUUUGGGUACUAUAAUAUUAUACGAUCACAUUGUACGAAAACCUGUGUAAGAAAUAAUCACUUGAGUGUAUAUGAUGACUAGCAGAUAAAGUUGAGUAUCAGAAAUC